CGCUGAUUUUCCCGCCUGUAAACCAACCGAUAAGGGAAUCAGCGGGGCCAACUUCAACGCCGACGGCUCCUCACAGGAUGGGGUCUACAAUUUGCUUUCCUUGCCUUCUCCCUUCUCUUCCGACGUGAAUUAUUUUGCAUAUCUCUUCUUCUCCUUCGAAAGAUAUGGACAGAAAUCGCGCCCAGUAUGAGAUUCUCACUGACGAUGCUGUGGCCGAGAUUCUAGCGAAAGAGGCGAGCCAGGCGUCAGCCAAGUAUUCAUCAAUGGGGCUCGAGGCCUUCAGAUCUGCCAAACCUUCAAAUAAAGCAAAGCCGAACACCCGCUUCUUGGGACGCAUCAUCAAGGAGACCACAAGCCACAAUGCCGCCCUCCUGGCGAAGGAAACCGCCGAAGCCCAGGCGCGCCUCGACGACCUGACCGGAUCGGAGGAGAAAAAGAGGCGCAAGCUUAACCCCAGCGCUUCGGACAUCAGACGUCGGCAGUUGGGCGACAUAUCCUCCAUCCUCCAGGGUCGCAGGCGGAGUAGCGGGGCAGAGGGACACAGUGGUUCUAGGGUGAAAAAGGAUAGCCGAAGGGACGCGGAGGAGCUCCAAAAACAAGACCACCGGCGGAAGGGCGGAGAAGAUACAGACGACGAGGGACAUCGGUCGCACCGAAAGAAGAGGGGGGACGGAACCAAAGACGAGCCUGGCCGCCGCCGGCCGAGGUCACACUCCCCACCACGACGAGAUCGGAGAUACCGUGAUAGGUCUCCGCUUAACAGCACCGACGAGGACGAGCAAUUGCAUCGCUCCUCCAAGUCGCGGCGCAAGAAGUCAGACAGGAGUAAUAACGACCUGAUCGGCGCCGAAUCCUCCAGGCGAAGUCGGUACGGCCGACUAACCGCGGACGAAGCGGAAAUGGGUUCCCACACUCAACCGCGUCGUGGCGAUAUUUCUAAAGACCCAUCCGCAAGCCGUCCAUCACGUCAUGAUAGAUCCGCACGGAUCGAGGAAGACGACUCCAGCUCUGACUCAGACCCGCUAGAAGACUUGAUCGGCCCUUUACCCCCGUCCUCCUCCUCCUCCUCAUCCAGAUUACCACCACCCGUCCGGACCCGCGGGAGGGGUGCUAUCAAGUCUGGUGCUACGGCGUUGGACAGCCGGUUCGCGGCUGACUACGAUCCAGCAUCAGAGCUGUUGGAGCCUGAGGACAACAACAACAACAACACCGACGAUUGGGACGAAGCAGUCGAGGCGUACCGCGACCGCCAGAAAUGGAAGCAGCAGGGCGCGGACCGGCUGCGGGCGGCCGGGUUCACGGAGGAGCAGAUUAGGAAGUGGGAGAAGAGUGGCAGCGGCGGGGAGAAGGAUAUUGAGGAUGUCCGGUGGAGUAAGGCUGGGGAGAAGCGGGAAUGGUAUGUACAAUGCCAUCCAAUCGAUUGUGCUGCUUGUUUUACGAUUGGAGCAGAGGAUAAGACUGACUUGUUACUUCCAGGGAUCGGGGCAAGGAUGGUGUCAGUACCUGAUUAUCUAUCUCGGCCGGCACUGUAUUGAGUUGUGGGCAUAGCAUUCUUUGGCGUUAGGGCUUUACUGCAUCGGCGCUGGAAGGGAUAGAGCUUGGGGGUUUGUUGGCUUAGCGUGGGAAUGAACAAAUGUGAUAGUUGAGAGGUUUCGGCCUCUUCCAAUCUGAUGAAGUUGCUUGUAUUCGUACAGGAUAGAUCAUCAAUAUGUACAAGAUU